AUGGGGCAGGAGAAGAGGAAGACGACAUCGCCAUCGGCGGAGGACGAGAACCCGCACAAAUCGCCGCGGCUGGACGCUGCAUCUGCGGUCGAGGCGCCGCCGGAGUUGGGCCAUCCGCCAUCGCCAGAGGAUGGGGAGUCGACAACGGGCGACGACAGCACCUACGACAUCGGAUCGUGCCAGCACUUAUUCAGCGACAGCGAGCAGCUGGGUGAGAUGGCGCGCCGUCUCAAGGCCGCCGCCCGCAAGCCCCCUGCCUGCGAGCAUGACUCGUGCAGUGGAGCUGCUGGGAUGAUGAUGGCGUGCACGGAGUGCCCCUACACUUUCUGCGCUGGGGAGAAGGGCGACAGGGAGAAUCCGCAGGGACACGCCGCCUGGCAUGCCGCCAGUGACCAGCAUUGGGUUGCUCUGUGGUGCGAUGAGCCGUCCAAGGGCUACUGCUUCCAGUGUGGACUCACCCUGGUGCUCGGUCAGAACAAGGUGAACGAAGAUGAUUAUCCAGUGGUGCCCAGAACUAACAAGGAUGAGCGGGAAAUGGUAGCCAGCUAUGUAGAGGAUUUUUUGGCAAGGUUCCGCAGAAGUAUAACGGUUGAUUGGGAAGGGAUGCUCAGCAGUGUAAAGGUUGAUUGGGAAAGGGUGCGCAGUGAUGCGAUUAAUCGGUGGGGAGUAAUUAGUGCACUGGAUUGCUGGGAAAUGGUGGCCGGUGAUGAUCAUGUUAUCAAAAGGAUGCCGAAUCUUGGGAAGACAUGCUACAUGAAUGAAUCGUUGCAGUGCCUCCUUGCGCUUGGUAAGCUGAGGACAAUGAUCUUAAGUCCGGAUGCUCGGUUGGGGGACACUGGCCUGCACCUCAAGGAGUUGUUUGUGGAGACAAGCAGUGGAAAUAAUGCCACACACAUGCUGGACCCAAAGAUGAUAUUGGAAGAUAUGUGGUCGCUUUAUCCCAAGAUAUUCAAGCCCAAUGAUGUGUGCGACAGCCAUGAGUUCCUUUCAUCCUUGUGCAAUGCUUUGGAUAGUGAGGUGGAGCAGCUAAACAAGUUGCAUAUCGUGCAAGGGGGUGAUGAUGCACUGUUCCCUACAUUUGGCAAUUCCAUUUUCAGGUGCGAGCUGCUUCAGACCAUUUCCUGCAAAAGUUGCUCACAUGAUGAAGUUACGCAUCACGCAGUCCAUGGCCUCCAACUGUCAGUGCCAUCAAAGGACUCUCCAGCCAGAAUCAAGCCUUCGCAAGUUGAUUCUACUGAAGUGAAGGAUACUAUACGUGGUUGUCUGGAUACUGAGAAGAAUCAUGUACCAACAGGGGCCGUUGAAGUGCCAAUAAAACCUUUCGAUUUCAUUACUAUGUUGCUUGGUUGUGACUUUGAUGAAAUGGAGGAAUCAACAGAAGAUUCUCACAAUACAGAAGAUAUGUUGCUUGGUUGUGACUUUGAUGAAAUGGAGGAAUCAACAGAAGAUUCUCACUAUACAGAAGAUAAGGAGAAAGCUCAGAGCAGUGAUAUUGUUCAUGAUUUGUCAGAACAUUUGAACUCUCCUGCCUCGAUUGAGGACUGCCUGAGACUGUUUUCGCAUGUCCUGACGAAUUGUAAGAACUGUUCCAAGGUUGCUGCUCACCUGCCAGAAACCAAUGGAAGUAAAAAUGUUGAACCAAUCAUGGCAAGUACCAAUCUAAAUACAACUGUUGAUGGAGAUCAGACUGAACUGUCAGACAGGGAAACAUCCCCAAGGGAGCGAUCUAGUGACUUAAGAAGCUUAUCUGUAGAAUCUCCAAGUUGGCAACCAUAUCGUUCAGAUUCACAUCAUCUAGUUUUACUCUCUGAGGGCAUGACUUCUGAAGAAAUCACUUCAGGGAAGUGCUGUGGUGAAACUGACUUGGCCUCUUGCAGCACAGCCAAUGAAAAAGCUGAAAGUCACGAAAGUGUUAAAGAAGCUUCACCUAGUUGCCUUACAACUGAUGAACAGACUGACCUGCUGAGUGCUCAGGAUAUUCAGGAUAACAGCACUCAAAAACAGGACAGUGGAAAGCAAGUGGUGGAACAACAAAAUAACCAGACAGAUGGUAUUAGUGGUGCAACUCAAACACAAUUGAUUAGCAAGCUGCCACCUGUACUAACCAUUCAACUGCAGAGAUAUGCGCCUGAUCGUUCUAAAUUGAGUGAGCGUGUGAGCUUUAAGGAGAUUCUUCAUCUAGGACCAUUCAUGGACCCCAGUUCUGAGGACAAAGAAAACUCCAGCUAUCGUCUAGUUGGUGUCAUUGAGCACCGUGGCCUCUGCUUGAACAGUGGACAUUACAUUGCUUAUGUUAGGGCAAGUCGCAAGCAGCAGGGCAGUGGCCCUUCCUCUUGGGUUUUUGUAAGCGAUUCCAUCAUCCAAAGAGUCACUCUAGAAGAAGUUCGCAGGUGCGACCCAUACAUUCUUUUCUAUGAGAGGAUAGAUGACUGAGGCAUUGUACCCACUAGCUAUCCAAAUGAUGGAUGGGCAAUGAGAAAGGAUGCAGAGGUUUGAGAUUAGCAAGCAUGACCACGUGUACAUACUUAAUAACAUAGGGACAUAGAAUCGUGUGAUGUUCAAUUUUGUUGCUUCGGCCGAGUCUGCGGUAGUUGCACUUGGUGCAGCAUAUAGUGGGUACUCUGCUGGAGAUAAUUCAGCUAGUGUUGCUGGCCAGGUGAUAUUGGUAACACUCAUUCGUUACCAUUUUUGUUGUGGUCUAUGAGAAAUUUUGU